AUGCUUUCAUCUCUCUCUCUCUCUCUCUCUCUCUCUCUCUCUCUUCUCUCAUUCUCUCAUUCUUUCUCUCUCACUCACACGCAUACUCACAUAUACCACUUUUUCAAAUUCUUACUUGCCACUUUCUCUCCAAUCUCUCUCACACCCAUAUUCCUUCUUAAUUUUUUUUAUCUUUUCUCUCCGUCUCAUUUUUGCUCAAUUCUCUCACGCUUUCAUACGACUUUUUAUUUCUCUUGUAUAUUUCACAUCUCCACUUCAAUUUUACCCUCUCUCUCUCUCUUUCUCUCUCUCUGCCCUCACCCUCUCUUUUUAAACCUAUACCUCCCCCCUCUCUCUUUCAAUUUUUCUCGUCUUUCCUUCCUUUUACCACAUUCUCUAAUACUCUCUCAUCACUCUCGCCUCCUCUCUGAUAUAUAUCCCUUCUCACGCACCUUUCCCACUUUCACUCAACCCCCUCGAGUCCAUACGUCACAUUCAAUUUCUCUUAUCUCUUUUAGUUCUCUAUGGCUACUCUCUCUCCUCCCUCACUCUCCCACUCUCUCUUUAGGCACAAUCUCCCUCUCUCUCUCUCUCUCUCCUUUUCAACCUCUAUAUCCCCCCUCUCUCUCUCUCUCUCUCUCUCUCUUCUUUUCUCUUUCUUUCCUCUUUUCAUCCCUUUUGCUAUCUCAACGUCCAUAUCCCUGUUUCCGGUCGUCUCUCUUCCAAAGCCUUCCCCACUUCCCCCCCACCCCUAAUGAUCACUGCAUCUGUAGCUGCCCGAUACUAUCUAUCUAUCUAUCUAUCUAUCUAUCUAUCUAUCUAUCUCUGUUCAUUCAUAUCUGUCUAUCUGAUCCAUUCAUAUAUUGUCUCUGUGAGUCUAUUCAUCUAUCUAUCUAUCUAUCUAUCUAUCUAUCUAUCUCAGUCCAUUCAUAUAUUGUCUCUGUGAGUCUAUUCAUAUCUAUCUAUCUAUCUAUCUAUCUAUCUAUCUAUCUAUCUAUCUCAGUCCAUUCAUAUAUUGUCUCUGUGAGUCUAUUCAUAUCUAUCUAUCUAUCUCAGUCCAUUCAUUCUAUCUAUCAAUUUUAG